AUGAUAAUUAUCGAAUGCUUCUGUCUUACAGAUGUAAAGGAGCCAACUCCAACUCCAACUCCAACUCCAAGUACACCACCUGAUAAAAUAUCGCUAAACUUCAUAGCAGAUGUAAUUUUCAUCAUGGAUUCCUCUUCUUCUGUGUCUUCACGAGACUACAGUAAAGAAAAAGAGUUUGUCAAAUACCUUGCCACCUACCUUAAUGUUUCACCAGGGAACUCGCGCGCAGCCCUGAUAACUUACGGCAAUGCCGCGUCUGAGGUUAUCGAAUUCGACAUCAAACGACUGCGAGCAGACUUUGAAAGUGCAGUUGAAAAAGCGCCUUUUGUGGGGCGCAAUAGACGAAUAGACCGAGCUCUUGAGAAAGCAUCCCAGAUGAUGGCCAACGCCAGGCCUUGGGUAAGGAAGAUAGUUAUAUUGUUGACCUCCGGAAAGCAAUCUCGAGAGUCUGGCAGCAAAACACCUGGUGAAGCAGCAAUUCCUCUCUUAGACAAAGGAGUUUACAACUAUGUUGUGGCAAUAGGCCAGGAGCCCGACAUCUCUGAGCUACGGCCCGUGGUGCAGCAGCCAGCGCAAAUCUUCCGGAUGACUUCCUUUGAUGACUUGGAGCCCCGAAAAACGACGGUUGGAGGAAUUAUCGUGGAAACGUCAAGUAAGUUUUAUAAAUUUUUGGUAAUUUCCGUCAUAAUCUCCUCGUCUAUACGCCUGUUACUUUGCAUUUCGUCUCUCAGGUCGAACUAAAAGUACGCAAAAACUCUAAAACUUCAUUGUUCGCAAGCUUUCUUUAGCGAAUUCUUUUUAGUUUGAAUUCAGUUAAGAAAGACCAUCUAUAAACGUAGCAAUGAUGAGCAGUAGUAAAUGCAGAAACAUUUCUUUAGUCCCUUCGGCUUCUUCAAUCCUUUUUACCUACCUUAAUGUUUCGGUAGUGAUAUCGAUGGUGAUACGUCUGUAAUCUUCUAUGUCAGAAUGGUCGCAAGAGAGAUGAUCCUCUCUUAUGGGUACUUAAAGGGAUCACAUUAUCGAACUUUUGUGAAGUUCAAUUGUUAUUGUCCUUAAAACCUGUAAAUACCUAAAAAGCGUGUGAUGCAUGGCGUAAAAUAAUUGAUCUCUGUAAUUUUUUAAAAGCAAUCGAGUAUCUCAUAUUGACAAGAGAGUAUCUUUUAAUUUCAGGUGGACCACUAACAGAUAUCAUCGCUGAUAUCAUCUUCAUUUUGGACUCAUCCAAUGAUGUCACACGGGAUGAAUACAAUAAAGAAAAAUCUUUCAUCAAGGAAUUUGCUAGAUACCUGAAUGUCGCGCCUGGAAAGUCGCGUGCUGCAGUCAUAACUUACGGCCAAAGUUCUGACGUAUUAUUCAAAUACGGCGGGUAUGACUCGCUGACAGUCUUCGACGUCGUCAUCAACAGAGCAUCGUACAUCGGAGGGACUCAGAGAAUGGACCUCGCUUUAGAUGACGCAGGCCGUUUGCUAAGCGAAGCCAAGCGUUGUAUCCCUAGAUGGGUCAUUUUGUUAACUGCGGGAAGACACCCAAGUGACCCGAGAAUAAAAUCUUUACUGGAAGCGUCAAAACCCGUGAGAGAUCAGAGUGACAAGGUUUAUGUUGUUGCUAUAGGCAAUAAACCAGAUCCUAAAGAACUUAAAGAUAUAGUUAAAGACCCCAAAGACAUAUUUUCAGUUGGUUCAUUCCAAAGUUUGAAGUCUCAAGCCGGAGUGAUUGCCACUACAGUUGCAAACAGAAGUGGUAAAUAGAUUAAUUUAUCUGAUCAGAUUCAACAUGUCUUUUUUGCACUCUUUUUCCUCAUUUCAAGCGUCCUAAGGUAACUCGUAUUAACUUCGUCGAAGUAUCCAUCAACUUUCCUUGUAAAAGGAAUUUAAAAACUUGCGUUCUACAUUAGGCUAGCCUUCAAAUGUUUGCAUGAGGUUUCUCUGACCUUAUUCUUUUGCUUGCAAACAAAAUGUGACUUUUCCCUAAAAUAUUUAUUUGUUUGAAGUCUUGUGAUUGCUUUGUUUUAUUUGAUGGUCCUUUUCUUCCCAUGAUAAACCGUUUCUGUGAACCUUUUCCUUCAUAGUUUAUAUAUACCGUCUGAUUAAGGCAAACUAAAAGAACACACUUUUUUACGUUGCCUCUCACUCUAUUAUUUUUUCGAGACGUGGAUCUCUGUGUGAUCAAGACUUUCCAAGCCACCAUAGUCUUCCUCGUGGACACGACAUCACCGAUUGGAACCUUGGAUUUCAGACGCCAAAAAGAAUUUGUGAAAUCCGUGGCUAAAUCUUUUAACGUUUGUCAAGACAGCUCUCAAGCGGCGAUAAUCACAUAUGGCUCGUUGACGUCGCAAAAGCGGCCGACGGAUAUCUACAAAGAUUUGUCUGCAUUCGAGCAAGCAGUGGAUAAGUCACAAUACAUGGGUGGACUUCGCAGGUUACACCUUGCUAUCGAUACUGCAGAACAAUUGUUACGAACAGUUUCACCCAGCCAAAAAAGGAUUGUUGUGAUUUUGACAGGAGGACAACCUCUGAUACAGGAUGCCUUGUCGUUGAAACAAUCCUUCAAGACACUUCGUAAUGCUGGAAAUGGAGCGUUUGUCGUCGCCAUAGGUAACAACUACGAUAAGGAUGAGUUUCUUCCCGCUGUUGAUUGGCCAGAGGACAUUUUCAGCGUUUCUUCAUUUGAUAACCUUUUGCCACGGGCCUGCUCAAUUUCGAAAGCGAUUGCUAAGAGAACAGGUAACGAAUGGGCUUUGUUUUCUACUGAUAACGAACUGACAUCAUCCCUAAUUUCAACUCCAUAUCGAUCUGGACAGUACAAUACAGUUCCUAAUUAAUUUAAUUAUUUGAAUUUACCAGUGGUCAAGAUGACUAAUCGAGAAAGCUAAUCUUCUGAUUUCCAUGGAAGGAAUGUAAGGAACCAAAAAUGGCUACGAUUGGUCUAUUUUGCUGUUGGUUUUUUCAUUGAGUUGGUUUGUUUGUUUUUUAUUUUCGUUUCUGGUUUUUUUUUUUUUUGCGUACCCUUACGUUACCAUGGCUGUUAAACCUGAAUUAUGGAAAGCACCUCCAACUACACGAAAAACAUUGCUCAUUCCAUGAUGUUGUAUUACCAUUUUAAUUGACCGUUUCCCAACAGUUUAUCACAGCAACAGAUUUACAUGUUUGAUAUGAAUUAAAGAGGCGCAUGUUCAAACAUGUUUUUUAUCACUUUAGAUACAGAUAUCCCGCGUGACUUAAUGGCUGACGUAAUCUUCAUUAUGGAUUCCUCCGUCGAUGUUUCGCGUGCAGACUACGAGAAAGAAAAAGAUUUUAUCGAGUCCUUAGCAGGUUACUUGAGGUUAUCCCCAGGUAGAACGCGAGCAGCGGUGCUGACUUACGGUUACACUACGACCCUUGUAGCUGAGUACGACAGUUAUGAAACACUACAAACUUUUAACAGUGCUGUGGAUGGAGCUUCUUAUAUUGGUGGUACGGUGGUUUUACUUAGGGUUACGUCUUACCUUUUAGCUGUCUCGUUGAACGCAUUGAGAUCUAAAUUCUCAUUCCGUAAGAAGCCACAGUAUGUUAAUCUUUUCUUUGCAAUCCGGCAGUGAAUGAAUUUGUCAGGAACAGAUAAAAGCUGUUUGAAUUCUUGUUAUGAUAUCUCCAAGGAGCCGAGGAUAUGACCAAAUGUUCUAUAAUGACUGGAUGGGCUCAUCAAAUGAGGCCUGUGAAAUUAGUUUGGAACAAUCUCAGUAAUAUCUGCCGCGGAACAAUUCAUCUCGUUAGGUAUGAACUGAGUACACAAAAAUUGUCGAGGUUGUGUAGGUACUCACGGUUUACAAAACGUAGUUUUAUCCACCACCUCUCACGAAAAUUAUGAAGACUGAAUAAUCUUUGUCUCGUACUUUUAUUAUUAUAGGGAAUGGACGUCUUGACUAUGCCCUUGAGUACGCUUCUAGGCAGCUGAUAGACACCAGCCGACAAUUAGUUCCAAAAAUCGUUCUACUUCUCACAGCAGGUCGACUAUCCCCAGACCAAUCCCUGAGAUUGUCAGCCCAACCACUGCAUGAUUACGGUUUUAAAGUGUUCGUUGCCAAAAUAGGCGACAAACCAGAUGUGAAUCAACUUCUUCCGACUGUGAAAGACAAGGCUUUUGUGAUUUCGGUUCCCUCGUUCGACGAUCUUUCGCGAAGAGCGUUGCCUGUGGCUCAAAAACUCAGCAAACAUACAGGUAGAUAACAUAACUGACUCUGCACCACUUUAUAAUUAAUGGACAGGUCUUAACUUGGCAAGUCUUUGAGAACCUUUUAGCACAGAAGUAGAAUAACGUUCUCCGUAAUUGAGUUUUGAGCCACCGUGCAAAGUAAAAAGGCUAUUCUACACCAAAAAUCCCCCACCUGAUGAUGCUUAUGUUACCGGAUGGGAAGCUUCUGCUUUCAUUAUUACCCCUGAGGUAGCAGAGUUUUCCGACAGCCUUUUUGUUGUGGGGUAAGACACUCAGGGAAUGGAGUGUCUUGCCUUGCUCGAAAGCAAAAUACUCUCGGUCAGAGGUUAAACUGGCAACCUGCCUCUCGUUAUAAAAUCAUACGUACCUGAAAUAAAGCCCUUAUCUCUACUCUCCACGCAGUAAUCUAUAUCAAAAUUUGUGUUAACUUUGUUUUCGAAAUGAGCCUCAAUCGAGCUCUUAGAAUGUUAGAACCAACCACAUCAACAUCAGGUUUUGUAUGCAUUCGCAAAAUCAUCUCGAAGCACGAGACAACUCUUGUAGAGUUGUUGCUUUUAAUACCCUUUUCUGUAAUGCUAAUUUUCAUUUUUAUUCUUGAAAAAAUGUUUCAUAAUUUCUUUUCGCUUGUCAACUAAAAUAUGUUGAAGGUUUUCUGAAUAUGUUUUUCCAGAUCCAGAACUACCAGCUGACUUCCCAGGAGCAGAUGUACUUUUCAUGGUGGAUUCGUCAUCUGACAUUUCGAGCAACAAUUACGAAAAACAGAAAGACCUCGUGAAAAAUUUGAUAAAAACUUUAGAUUCCUUUUCAUCCAAAUCUCGAAUCUCCUUCAUAACUUACGGCAAUAGACCUCGGGUGGUGUACGGUCUUGACAACAAUAUGAAUAGCGAAGCACAGCAGAGAGAAAUAGACUCGGUGCAACCAAUGGGAGGAAGACGGAGAAUCGACCGCGCUCUUGAAGAAGCAGUUCGGAUGAUGCAAAAUUCUCGGCCGGAUGUUCCUAAAAUCAUACUUCUUGUUGCGGCCGGAAAACAGAUUGAGGUAAGAAAAUAAUGAAAGCUAUUAUGUGGCAAGGAAGUCUCUCAAUGAAAGAGAGUUCUCAGAUCGUUUUUCUCCUGAUCAGGAUUUUGUCAGACAGGCUGUUUCAAUGGCAAAGGGUCAGAUCCAUGUACUUUUUGUUUAUGCAAACUGCAGAUUUAAAAUUUUCGACUUCAGUCGCGGAGCUUAGACGAAACCACUUAAAAGAUUGAUAUAAUACAAAACUUACGAGCUAAAAAGGAUCCUAGUGAGAACUAGUCCAUAGUAUGCUGUGCUGUUCCUCUUUAGGAGUUCAGUAAGUAUAAAGCUGGACGCUUCUUGUGGGUAAUCAGUUUUUCAAUAACUUGAAACAGAGUAAAAAUUUAGACGAGGAAAAUCCUUACCAAUUCGAAACCUAACCACCCUCUGCGUCGCCUUAAGUUCUCAGCAAGUAAUUGGUGAACCUCAGCGCUCAAAUCUUGACUAGGGUCUCAGUUUCUGGUUCUGCACCAGCUUGUUUCAUCAUUUGUCAUUCAACAACCUGGGCAAAGCUUGCCAUUUCUCAUCACUUUCGCAUUAAUUUAAUCUGUAAGUGGUCCUCUCAUUUGCUUAAACGCGACAUGAUUUAUUGAAUUCUGUCGUUUAUUAUCAGCAAAAUGGGGUACAACCCCUAAGCUCGUACGGUACAGCCCUUCAAAGGCUCGGUGUAGAUGCUUUCGUGUUAGGAAUUGGUAAAGACAUUGAACAUCGGGACCUGGGACAAGUUGUUCGAGACGCAAAGAAUGUAUUCCUGGUACAAAUGUUCCAGAGUCUGAAUUCAAUUGACCGGCAACUGGCGUAUGAAAUCGUCACGCGGACCGUUGGUAAGUCACAUAACAUUAGGUCGUAUUACAUGAAGCCUCCAUUGAUGGAACAAAUUCCGUUGAAAUGAUGAAAUAUCUCCCGGUACGAAAAUUCUUGAAACAAGAACUGAAAGUAUUGGGUGAACUGGAAACAAAGAUAAAUAUGUAUCAAUCUUUGACAUAUAUUGACAUAUUGACAGAUUGAAAUCUUUCAAUUCCUCGGCGCGGUGUUUGCGACCGAAAAUGUUGUGAUCGUUGUAGGAAUAACUCGGUAAAAAUCAUCCUUUUUUGCAAUAUCUCAUGUUUUAGUAUAUAAUUAAAAAUAUUCAUCCCAGUGCCGGUGGCUAGCAGUGGAUAAAUACCUCGUCGCUUCGCGGCAAGGUAAAUAUUCACCACUGGCCACCUCCAAUUCGGUAUACAAUUUUAAGUAUGAAACGUGACACGAUCCAAUAUGUCGGCGCACACAAAAUUUCAGUUUGAAAAUUUCUACCAACAAAUUUCUACCACUUGUGGAUGGAUCCUUUGCUUUUUUAAAUCACAUUCUCACGUAUUACGCUUGGAUACCUGCUUAACUGAGUUUUUUUGUAGUCUAUAACAAAGACUUAACUACGUGAGCUGGUGGACCCCAUAAGUCAUUACUGUAAAAUUCAUCAAACAUGGCGUCUGCAUAUUUGCCGCGAAAACUUAAGACCGACAAAAAACCUGUUAAAUUCAGUACUUCUCGAUUGUAACUUGUUUUUUAUGUUCAUGAAGUUUUGAUAGCCAACGACUUGAAUUCAGAAUUUCUUUAUCAGCGAUUUUAUCAGUUCUUGCAACUUCCAACAGAUAAGUAAUCACUACAAAAACGGGUCCUGCCCGGUUUAGGAAUACGAUGAUUCCGCAAUUUCCCACCUGCAUGAAAUUGUGUAUGCCAUUAAGAUAAAAUUUCUCCAAUCGCUUCUCCUUCAUUUAUACUAUGUAUCUUUUGUUUUUUUUUCCUUCACUACAGAUGGCACGAUUGAAACUGAUGUUAUAUUCGUCAUGGACUCGUCCUCUGAGGUGUCACAGAGCGACUACGGGUACGAAAAGGAAGCUGUCAAAUCCAUGGCACGUUCCUUGAAAGUUCCUUCGGGUCAGUCUAGAGCUUCAGUCAUAACAUAUGGAAACUUUCCCUCUCCUGUGGUCAAGUUCGAUGGCUACAAGUCAUUUCCCGCUUUUGAAAACCUUAUCGACCGUGCACAACGCAUUGGUGGGCGACGUCGAAUAGAUCUAGCUUUGCAAGAUGCUGGUAAAUUGCUGAGGGAGGCAAGGCCCUCUGUCCGUCAAAAUGUCAUUUUGUUGACAUCUGGAAGAACACACCCUUUAUCAAGAGACUUGUACGUGUCAGCGCAACGAAUUUUCGGGAACAAUGCAGACUUACUUGUCAUUGCUGUAGGUAGAAGACCUAAUUUCAAAGAACUCACUGCGAUUGUACAGAAGCCGAAACAUGUUUACAAUGUGUCAUCAUUUUCCGACCUACGCAGAAAAUCAAAUGAAAUAACAAAGAUCGUCUCUCAAAUGCCAGACAGUAAGUAGAAAAAGUUCGUUGGCUUUUCCAAAUCAUUUACAGCGGUAAUCUUUAUCAGUGGUAAUGUAUAAGGCCUUUCACUCGCCUGCUUGUUAAGAGAGAAAUUGAUAACCACGGAUUAAUGAACACUUGAAUAAUCAUAUAGUCAUUCAAGCCGCACCAUUCCGCAAUGGAACUGCACGUCUAAAAUGAAAAUGUACAAAUUUAAAUAAGGAAAAAUUGAAAUGGUAAUGCUGAUGAAAUUCGACAUAAAAACGAUCUUGUUGACCACGCACCUGUCUAACUAAACGCAGAAAAUUACCCUGAUGAGAAGGAGCUUUUGGUAGUAGUGUAAGGACUGCCUAAAAAGCUUAUCAGCUUAACAGGCAAAAGAAAUGUAGAUAAGCCGAUUCAAAGAAUUCUUACUCUGUCAAAAAAACCUUCCUUUUCUUCUCUAAACAUGAUCUCGAAAAAUCCCACGAGAAGUUUCUUUAUUAUGUUCAUCCACAUUUCUUUCAGAACCUACAAUUUACAAUAACUUCGUCGCAGACAUCGUCUUCUUAAUGGACUCCUCCUUGACUGUUGAACAAAAAGUUUAUGACAGGCAGAAAAACUUCAUCAAAUCCAUGGUGCGCUCCCUCAACUUGUCCACUGAUAAAUCGCGAGUUGCUGUUGUCAAUUACGGAGGUGAUUCAGUAGAAGUUGUUCGAUUCUCGUCGCCGCAAGAUGUAGCUGCUAUCGAAAAUAGAGUAGACAAUGCACGAAGGGUAGGUAGAAAGAGGGAAAUUGCCAAGGCUUUGCAGUUUUCCGCCUCUCUCCUGGAAAAAUCCAGACCAGAUGUCUCUAAGGUGAUCAUCUUCCUUACGUCUGGGAGUGAGCUCUACCUCACGUCUCCAUCCCAGGUACUUAGGGACUAUGGUGCUGAUAGAUACGUGAUCGCUAUUGGAUCAGAUUUAGAUGAAGAAGAGUUAACUCCCAUCAUAGACGAACCACGUGACAUGUUUACCAUAAGAACUCCUCCGGAACUCACAUGGAAGACUGAAUACAUCAUUGAUGAAAUUAUCAAAAGAACAGGUAAGCUUUUUUGUUUGCCAGUAAGCAGUUGAUUUCCGUUCCCAUGGCAUGAAUCGACUAAAGUACUGCAAUUCCUCUUGGAUGAGAUGCUUUUCCAAUUCUUGUUGCCCCAAAAAUCUCCUCUUCAGGCUCCAUUUAUCCCCAGCACACGAAUGUCAUGAUUGAUGUAAGAUUAAACUUUUUUCAUUUUGUACAAAUUGUAAAUGAUCUCGGUGAAAUUAUGAAGAAACCUUUUUGGAAAACAUUAGCCAUAAGAAAACUUUCUUCACAAAGGGCAGCACAACCCAAAUGUAGCACACCAAGGAGAAAAAUACAAAUAUCAAUUUGCACACUCUUAAUCGUGGCAUGUAACAGAGCCCAAAGUCUUCUGGGUUUCACAUUUUUAUGAAACCAUAUCGUAUUGGUAACAAAAAGAAUAAACCUGACAACUUAAAACCUACUCCGGAUUCAUACUCAAGCAUACAUAGCCAGUUUCUUCGUAUAAAAUUACUCAAUUCAAAGCGUCUUUUUUUUCAUUUCAAUAUGAAGAUUUGGUGUUUUUUUUUGGUUUUGUUUUUUUUUUCUUCAGUUACCAGAACAUCCGUUUUACCUCUUGACUUUGACGCUGACGUUUUGUUUCUGGUUGAUUCAUCUUCCGACGUGAGCCAAGAAAAUUACAACAGAGAGAAGAACUUUGUUAAAUCAUUGGCCUUUAUUCUUAACCUUAAACCUGGAAAAACACGUGCUGCAGUUGUAAUAUAUGGCAACUUUGCAAGGACUGUGAUCAGAUUCACAGACUACGCCUCCCCGUCAUCUUUCUUUAGGAGGAUCGAUACACUGCCUUUCCUUCGAGGUAGAAGGCGUCUGGACAGUGCGCUAAUCGAGGGAGGAUCUGUCUUGGACACAGCUAGACCGUCGGCUGAUAAAGUCGCCAUACUUCUAACUGCGGGUCGGCAUACUCAAGAAGUAGGAGCUCCGCCUUUGAAUCAGGCCGUGGAAUCGAUACGAUCACAUAAUGCAAAAUUGUUCGUGGUUGCCAUUGGUCAGCGAGUGGAUGAGACGGAACUGAGACCAUUGACAAGAGAGGCUAUCGUUGUAUCUGGAUUCAACGUUUUGAUAAGGAAUUCAAUCAGAAUUGCCAAGGAUAUAAAGAAUAUUACAGGUAUGCUGGCUUUUUCACCCAUUGUUAAGUUGUUAGAUCUUACACACCCUAAUUUUCAUGGAUAGCUUUUUAGCCCCUGUUUGACCUUUUAAGUCAAAACUAUACUUUGCGAUUCACCAUAGCUUAUCCAGCUUUGUCUGGAGCGUAUCAAUUAGUUAGCUGAAGUUCGGUUAGUUCUCCAAGCUAAUUUAUUCUCGACAUUAAAAUGCUUUUUGCUAAGGGGUAGUAACUAGUUGGUCAUACAAAUUAGAAAGAUAAGUCGAACCAGAAUGGUAACGUUUUUAUCUGAAGAAAACUAUUACCUACCACAUACAUACGCAGGUAAAAUAAAGCAUUGUCAUGAAUGCAUUGGAUAAAUAAAAUUUGGAUAAAUAAUUAUUUUGAGUUGUUUCAUAUAACUAAUACAGUAUUUUAUCUAUGCGAAAAUUUCCCUAAGCAAAGCGAGGAUUCCGAUUUCCAUUCUAGACUUGUCCCAGAUGAGAACAUUUCAUUCGUCAAAUCAGCAUGGUUACACUAUAUGAAAGAUCCACAUUAUGCUUUGAUUGUUCGUGUAAUGUCACGGUAAAUAACUAAACGGUCUCGUACUGUUCCACCGACUUUCUUUCUUUGAACAUUCCUCGACAGAUCAAACAGACGUACCAAAAAGUCCAGGCGCGGAUAUAGUUUUUCUGGUAGACUCCUCUAGUGGCGUCACCGAGGACAAUUUCACGAAGGAAAAGGCUUUUGUUACUUCCUUGGCGAAACAGCUCAAUUUUGGGUCAGACAAGACGCGCGUGGGAAUAAUCUCUUACAGUGAUUACGCCACACUGGCAGCACGCUUCGAUGUCGUUAAGAACGAAGAAAACCUUCAAAGGUUACUCGAUGGAAUUAGACGGCUUCAAAGGGGUAGAAGAAUUGAUAGGGGGCUACUAAGGGCAGCUCAGCUAUUCGGGGAGAGUAGGCCUAACGUUCGUCAGGUACUAGUGCUACUAACAAGUGGAAGACAUACAUCUAACGUGGAAAAUCCUUUCCGGGAUGCCGUGCAACGGCUGAAGACGAAAGGUGUCGACAGGUUCGUUGUUGCUAUUGGACCAAAUCCAGAUCCAGAGCUGACUGCAGUUGUGGAAAGAAGAGAAGACGUUAUCUCAGUAUUUUCCUUCGACAGCUUGCAGCCGCAGGUCAUACCGAUUGCAAGGCACAUAAAAGGUUGGUUAUAUCACUCAUGAAAUAUGAAGCUUGGAUUAUCCCAAUAUGAAUAAAAUGAGCGAUAAUACAAGCCACGUCUGUAUAUGUUCUCUGAAGGUGUCCACAAGCCAAGGGUUGCACGUUGCUAAUAUGUCGUGCCUAGCACAAGUUCGUAAAUUCUUCUUGUUUUUGGAUUAUUAAAUUUAUUGAAUGAUAUAUAUGGAUUUUAAAAUAACUCAUACCUCAAUAGUGAUUAUUUUUAAAGUAUUUGGUUGCUCUAAAUUAAAAGAAAGAAAUCAUGUUGCAUAGGAAAUAGUACUUUAGCCAGAUCAUCAUCCAUAUCCGAGACACAAUCCUGUCUUUGCUUGCUAUGCAGAAGAAAAGAUACCACCCGGCUUCAAGGCUGACAUUAUUUUCCUGAUCGACUCUGCGUUUGAAGUCACUACCAACAACUUCAACAAACAGAAAGAGUUUAUUAAGGAUCUCUCAGCUUUUCUCAAUCUCUCGUCACGUGGCUCUCGCGUGGCAAUAAUUCUUUACGCCUCCUCUCCCAGCCUAAAGAUGGCGCUUGGAACACUGGAAACACCUGAGUCCUUGAGCCGUGGUCUUGACAGACUCGCACCUCUAACAGGAACGCGUAGAAUGGAUCGCGCCUUGGAGUUUGCCUCUUUAAAGUUUGACAACAAACGUCCUCAAGCGGUGAGGAAAAUUGUAGUCCUCUUUGCCUCUGGUAAACAAGCUGGAGGAGGUAAACCCUUAAACGAGGCCGUGAAAAGAUUACAAGAAAUCAACGCAGAAACAUACGUUGUAGCCAUCGGUUCUCAAGUCAGUGAAUCCGAGUUACAACCAGUUGUUUCUAGGAGGAAUGACAUCAUUCGAGUGCCUUCCUUUGACAUACUCGCCUCCAAAGUAAAGCCUGUUGCUGAUCAAAUUAUAAAUGGUACGUUCUGAUUGAAUUUAUUUUAUACUCGGCCCGUGCACUCGAACCUUGGAAUAAGCAGAGCUUCGUAUUCUAGAGAACAUUUCAUGAGAGCAUAGAAUGUUUACGUUUGAAAUCAAUGUUAGAGCUUGAUUUACUUAGAAAUGAAGGCCAGUUUGUUUAACUUUAGUUAGCCACACGUUGAAUUUCUGAUUGCUAAAAGUGUUGCUGAGAAAGUGUCUUCAUUUCCUUUAAAGAUUAACAAUUUUAAGAGGUAACUGCAGCAAUGAGUGGGGCAAAUUGUUACCUCUUCAGUUAAAACUGCAAAUUUCUUUUGACAUACAAAAUCAUGUUUAGAAAUCAAGAUCUGAUAAGGUGAGACACCGUGACCACAUUCUGCCAUUAGCAACAGCCUUAAGAUAGCAGGCUCCUGAUAAAUAACUCGUUUGGGUGUAGCGUUCACAUAUUGAAAUAAUAUCAUAUCAUCCGCUUCUUCACUUAGGCUCAAGACCAAUUCCACCUGAAUUUAAAUCUGACAUCCUUUUCAUAAUGGAUUCGUCAUCCCCUGUCAGCCGGGACGACUUCCAAACACAAAAAGACGUUGUUAAGUCGAUUAUGAAAUCCUUUUACGUCAGACGCGGACAAUCUCGAGCCGCUGUUAUCACUUAUGGUCGGUAUUCGGAAAAGCUUUUACGAUUCAACAGCUAUUUGUCUCUAAAUGACAUCGAGAGUGUCGUAGACACAGCAACGAGUAUUGGAGGCUCGCCCCGAAUCGACGAAGUGCUGGUUGAUGCCGCUGAUGUCUUAAGAGAUGCCAUUCAAUCAAUCCCGAGAAUUGUCAUUAUGUUUACAACUGUUCGCGACCUCACUGAUAGACAUAAGAAAGCUGUUGACAAAGCCGCGGAGGUGAUUCACGAUACGGGAGCCAGAGUCUACGUUAUUGCUUUCGGAAAGGACGUUGAUGAUUUGAGUUUAAAAAAGCUGGCUGAUUCUCAAGAAGAUAUUUUCAAAGUACCGACGAUCAAAGAUCUAAAUGAUUCAAUGGCUGUGGAGAUUUUCCGAAGAGUUGGUAAGUUUUUUAUUUUCGGCGCAUAUUGUAAUAGAACAAAUCAAAUAAUUUUCAUACUAUUUUUCGCAUUCAUCUCAUUCCAUUUUCAUACAGUCAUGUUUGUUAAUUUAUAUAUUACAUCAGUUGAACACCGAUGCAGGAUAAACGUAGCCUCUUCUUUUACUUUUCAAACAUAAUUAUAUUGCAUCAAGGCGUUGCAAACGACUUUUCCUGUGUUAGAAGUUAAGAUCUUUUUUUUCGAAAAUUAAACAGAGAUAAGAGAACAUCGCUUUUACCAUAUAUUAAACUAAAUAGUGUUGCUCUUUUCAUUUUUUCUGUAAGCCGCUGCUGCAAUAUCCAAUGCGAUAGAGAGAAACCGAAAAAUCGCUCAUUUUCUCUGUCUAUUUUUUUAUCAUUUUGUCGUGUUAAAUCUAGUUCUCUUUUAAGUUUUUAAGAUUGAUAGUCUCUCUCUUUUAAGCAUUUCAAAUGAUUUACAUUGAAUUUUUUUGUAAUUAUAACAGUGAAAGUGCUACUCGUAAAAUCCUUACCUGCACUGGGUAUUAUGUAUGAAAAGUGUCUCGUUAGUGUGCAGUAUCUCUAACACAGGAAUUCACCAGUUAGUUACUAGAGAAACUGGAGAUAAUAAACACUUUUUUUCUCGCAUCAUGAAAUGUAGAAUUACCUAAACCAGUGGUACCAAUGGAUUUUACGGGCGAUGUUAUCUUUCUUGUGGACUCUUCCUCCGAAGUAAGUGAAGAGCAAUUCAAGAAAGAGAAAUAUUUCGUUGCGUCGUUGGCUAAAACCCUUAACCUCCGUCCUGCAAAAACCCGAGGAUCUGCGAUAACCUAUGGAAGAUAUGCAUUGGUUGGAAUCGAAUUCAACGAUCAUCCAAACCCAGCAAUGUUUGAGCAAGCUUUACAAGGACUCCCCCGAAUUGGGUACGAACGUAGAAUGGACAAGGCUUUGCAAAAAAGUGUGGAUAUGGUAAAAGUUGCCCGUUCCUACGUCCCUAAAAUCGUCGUUCUUUUGACAGCAGGACGUCAGAGCUCUCCAAGAAAUACAUUGCCUCAAUCCGUUAAGCCGCUUAAGGACCAUGGUACAAGUGUCUUUGUUGUUGGAAUAGGCUCACGGCCAGAUAGUCAAGAGUUACGCGCUAUUGUUGAGGAGCCUGGAGACGUGCUGAGGGUAUCGCCAUUUAAUGACUUUUCUCCAUCGAGGACGAGACAAAUCGCGAGGCACAUAGUGAGCAGAACAGGUGAAAACAAUGUUUUGCUUAUCUGAACUAAAUAAUAAUUCCCAGCAUAACAAAGAGAUGAAAACCACACGUGUUUAUUGGGUACUGGGCCACUUGUUUAUUGACGAAUUUCUAAUCACACGUCAGCCUAUCAAAAUUCAGUUAAUCAUUGAUGAUCUUGUUGAUUGAAUAACUCUGAAAAUUGUGAACAACGAUAGAAUGAUAAAUAUUGGUCCGCGCUAAGUUAUUUGAACGUUUUCUUGGGCUUACGUUUAGCUUAAAUGAAGCAUAAUCUUUCAUGCCCUUUUUUUGCAAUAUCAAUCGGAGUUUUCUGUGAUGUUCGCUAGUUGAACGGUGAGGAAAACGUGCGAAAAGCGAAUCAUAAAAGUGCUGAAAUUGAAUAACUGAUAAUCUCUCACAGGAUGUGUACACUCAAUUGAAUUCACCUACCGAAAAAAUUUGGUGGAGUAGUGCAUACGAAUGAUGAGCGAUUUUUCUUGAGUCAAAACGAUAACUUUCACGUGUAAAAUGUAACAAUUUUUUGACAUGUUGAAAAAUCUAACUAGGUCCUCGCAAAAUUUUAGAUAAUCUUCCAACGUCUCCCUAGUGACACACUAUGUACUCAGUUAUCACUUCUUUCUAGGCAACAUUGCCACAGAUUCAACGUUUUUCUUUCUAAGCAACAUUACCACAGAUGAACGUUUUUUUUUUCAUUCAGAAAAUCGCACACUAGACGUCGAUGCUGACAUCGUUUUCCUGUUGGACGCCUCCAGUUUUGUGUCUCGAGAAAACUUCGUAAAAGAGAAAGACUUUGUCAAAUCCAUGGCAAAAGUGUUAAAUGUUGCUCCUGAGUCUUCCAGAGCCGCUGUAAUACUAAUUGGCACUUUUCCCGAUACGAAAGUAACGUUCAAUGAGUACCGCACUUUGAGAGACUUCAAUGAGCUUGUAGAUAAGGCACAGUCCUUUGGUGGUUCGAGACGAAUCGAUCGCGCUCUAGAGGAGGCAUCAAAAGUGCUGGUGGACAGAAGGAGAGGUGUACCUCACGUUGUUGUACUCGUGACCGGUGGAAAGCAAUCACAAAGUGGAAAUAACGUUCCCUUUGAAAACGCCGUUAAGCCAUUAGAUAAAAUUGGUGCUCACACGUUUGUCGUUGCGAUUGGGCAUGAUCCAGAUACAUUAAAAAAUGUUUUACCGGUACCCUCCUUUAACGACCUUCAGUCUCGUGUUUACAAAAUGGCAAGACAGAUCAAGACCACUAGUGGUAAGUACUUUCAUUAUGUGGGAGGUUUCCCUUGCAAUUUAUCAAAGCUCCUGCAAAAUGACUUUCAAAGUUCAGAUCACCAAAUACUACAUUUGUAAAAUUUAAAGACGGAUUACUUUUGUUUAUUAGUGAAGCCAGUAUCAAUCAUUAUCUCAAAAUCUCAUACCCCAAAACUCGACUUUUGUAGUUUGGAGAGUUCAGGUACCCCUUUGGGAUAUCGCAGGUACAAAGUAUUUUAAAAUUCUGGAACGUCAAGCGCGGAGGGUUGGGAAUACUUACUGAUCUUCUUGCGCCAUAAGUUUAGAUUUGCCAGCAAAGAAGUUAUCAAAAAUUGUUGAGAGGGUAUUUAGGGAGACAUUAUGUCACAUAUUUUGGUAAACCAACCCCAUGAUAGCUUGAUAGCUUUUAUUCAUGUAAGUUAAUACUGUAUGAAGCGUAAAACAUUAUUAUAAUGACUUUGUCAAUACAUAUCUUAUUGAUGACUGAUUGCGAUUUUUCCCCCAUUUUAGAGCCAAAACCAGCAAAUAUCUCCGCAGAUAUCAUUUUCCUUAUGGACUCUUCAACUUCUGUUGACCGAGAAGGGUUUGAUAAACAAAAGAGCUUUGUGAAAUCCUUAGCAAAGUACUUCAAUGUCUCACCAAGAAAUUCCAGAGCGACUGUUGUCGCCUAUGGUAACACCACUCGCACCGUUGUCAAAUUCAGUGAAUAUCAGUCGGAAACAAACUUCAACGACAUGCUUGAUAGACAGCCGUGGAUAGGGGGUGACCGACGUAUCGACCGCGCUCUAAGGACAGCAGAAUCCUUAAUGCGCCAAGCACGUUCAGAAGUUCCAAAAUUCCUUAUCCUACUUACAGCAGGCAGGCAGCCCAGAAGUCCUGAUGUUACGUCAAUCGGAAUAGCUGCCCAGCCAUUGAGAAAUAUGGGAAUCAAGAACAUUGUUGUCUCGGUUGGAAGCGAAAUAGAUCGCAACGAUCUGCUUGGUAUGGUUCAAAGUUCAGAUGACAUAUUCAGCGUGGCGCUGUUUGAUGACCUUCGCUAUGAGGUGCAGCCAGUUGUGAAAUACGCUGUUAAUUUUUUCGGUGAGUAGUUCGAAAAACAUAAGCAACAGCCUGAAGAUGAUAUUCGUUCGGCUCAACAAAAUUAAAUAUAUUUACCAUUAAUAGUUGAACUAAAACCUCCUGCGUCAACAAUUGUAUCUGUAUAGUUUAAUAUGAAUCCACUCAAAAUUUGUUUUGAUUAAGGGUUAAGGUUCUUAAGAAACUGUGGUGCUGAGUAGGUGAUGACUUGAUUUUGAUAACUUAGUUGAAAAUGUAAGUUGGCCACCGUAAAGAGCUUCUAAAACUGACGUUUCGAGCAUCAGAACGUCGUCAGAACGAAUGACGAAAGGCUAGCGCCCGAAAACUCAGACUCUUUACCGUGGCCAAUUUACACAAUAGGUAGCUCAGUCGAAAAAACCAAAUUAUCUUUUUUUCUUUUUUGCUUAGCUUGAACAAUGUCUCAAAAUUGAAGCUUCCUUCCUGUACACUUUACAUAACUCAGAACUAAUUUAUUUUGUAAGAUUCUACUACUACUAGAUUUUACCGAGUGGUUUGAUGAAAAUUUCAUGCUACACCUGUAUGUGCUAAAAAACCUUACUAAAAGGGACUUCAGGUCGGAACUCUUAAAAAUCUUUAUCACUUUGGUGCCAUCUUCUGAACUCUUUUCAUCCGAAUCGGUGUAUGAACAUUGUUCUAGUAAUGUUAGACUGUGUUAAAAACAUAUCGGCUGCCUUAGAACACUUUUCUUUACCAAUUGAUCAAAGAUCUAAUUUAGAUUACGGGUCACCGGUAUCUCUUGACUCAGAAAUGAAAAAAACACAAAAGAGAUAAAACUCUCAUUGACUAAGUUUACAAAAUUCUAGGUGCUUACUUAUUUAAUUGUUUAUUUCUUUUGCCUCUCUUUUUACUUCAUCAGAAUUGCCCAUCUUUGAUAUAAAGGCAGAAGUCCUCUUUCUAUUAGACGCCUCAGACCAGACUGGGCGAGAAAACUUUGAAAAACAAAAAACGUUUAUCAAACUACUGGCUCGAUCUCUUAAUGUGUCUCCCGGAAAAUCCACCGCGGCGUUGAUAGCAUACUCCACAAUUGCGACAAUUAACAUACCUUUGGGUAGUUACAACUCUGUCCAAGAAUUUGAACGAAACGUGGAUAGGACACGUUUCCUUGGAAACUCUAGGAAAAUGUAUCGAGCAUUGGAAGAGGCGGCUUACUUGUUUCAAAAUGCAACAGAAUCUGACGCUGAAAGAAAGGUCAUUCUGAUAACUGGUGGGAGACAGACAUCAGACGAAGAUGAGGAGCCAUUGGAAAAAUUUAAGAAGUUGCUCCUUGAUGUUGGAGCGCUCCCAUUCAUCGUUGCCAUAGGGAAAGACCAUGACAACCAAACACUGAGAGCAGCUGUUGAGGAUCCCGGCGAUAUUUUCAGGGUUCCAACGUUCAUUGAAUUGUCAUCUUCUGUAUCUUCCACUGCUGCCAGGGUAGCUAACAGGAAAGGUCAGUCACUUCCGUUUUUGCCAUUCAAAGCAUACAUUUCCUUUUUUUUUCUGGUCGAGAACCUACCGAGUGACCUGCAAACGACUGCGUAGAAAUGAUCGACAGUACUGUCUGAGCGGGAUUUUUUUUUUUAAAUCAUAAUUUUUCUCAAUCCAAUAGCGGGUCAUAAGGGUGUCAGAUCAUAAUUAUGACCGAAAAUCACCAAGAAAAACAAACGCUUAUCAAAGGAUGAAACAACUAUGUAUAGUCGCUUGUCCUAUUAACGAGCUUAAAUAUCGUAACUUAUUAAAUUGUAUGCAAUUUUCGAUUGGGAAUUUUGUGAUUUCACAGAAUACAGAGAUGUUACUUACUUCUAAUUCGCACACGGUGUAUUGUAGACAUUAAGUUUAUUUAAUACAGUUUUGACACAGAUCUUUCAUUUGUAUCAUUAUUAGCGCCUCCCAUAAUACAAGACGAAUACAUUAUCUUCCUCAUGGACUCUUCAUCUACCGUGCAGCGAGAACAGUUCCAAAGACAAAAGAACUUCAUUAAGUCUUUGGCAGAAUAUUUGCAAGUUGGAAGCUCUGAUAAAACCAAGGCUGCCGUCAUCAACUACGGAAGUGUCCCUUCAGGAAUAAUUACGUUUGAUGAUUACACGAAUAUUCGAGGCUUUAAAAGUGGUAUUGAUGGGAUUAUUCCUGUUCGAGGAAGCAGACGAAUCGACCAAGCCCUCGGCGAGGCUGCUGUCAUCCUGAGAGGAAUUGAUCAAUCGUCCAAGAAAAUUCUUGUACUUCUAACGGCUGGGCAACAGGCUAAAGAAUCUGAUGUUACCCCUCUCGAUGUAGCUAUCCGACCAAUACGAGACAUGAAAUCCCACAUGUACGUGGUCGCACUUGGAAAUGACCCCAGCACGCCAGAGCUUCGUCCGUUAGUGACAAAACUGGAGGAUAUGUUUCGUGUGCCAUUUAAUUUCAUGGAACGUAUAGUGCCAAGUAUCGUUGAUCACAUACGUAAAGGUAUUUGAUUGAUGAGUUUCUUCACUACUUAACAUAAAGAAACAAAAAUAUCUGAAAAGUACACGACGGCUGCACUUCUGCAAGCGACCUCUCUUUAGUAUUUUAUAUCAUUUAACGGUGUUUGUUUUGGUUUUGGCCUCGAUGAAGCGCAAGUGACAAACGUAUUGACCACCAUAACGCUGGACAUAAUCAGCGUCAAGUGAAGAGCUGCCGGUUUGCUGACCGAAUGUUACGAUUGAGGAGAAUAACUUUUCUCAAUUUUGAUUGGUGAUUCUCGUUCAUAUCAUGAAGUUGUGUAUUCGAUGGUUUGGUUACGUAAGUUAAUGAUUCAUUUGCAGGGUGAAAACUUCUGUUGGCUUGUAAUUUUUCAGCAGCUGUCAGCAUCCUUUAAAUGAAAUUUUUUUUUGUCUUUGUUACUCUGUUUACGUAAAUCAUUUUUGUCAGUCGUGUCCUAUCAAGGGAAAACAACUCUAGAUCGCUAGAAAAUUCGGCUUAACAAUUCUCUGCUCCAUUUUGAUAUAAUCAUAGGCACUAAGUUAUUGAAAUUUAAUGCACAUAUUGAUGUCUUUUAAUUUUCGUGCAUGUUUCAGAAAAUCCGUACCCUGGGCCUACACACGACGUUGUGUUUCUAAUGGACACAUCUGAUGUUAGCAGAUCCGAUUUCUACCAAGAGAUCCUCUUUGUGAAAUCUUUAGCCAGGGAACUGAGUGUAACUCCAUCUGAAUUUCAAAAGGCUGUUGUCAGCUACGGAAACAAAUAUUCGCAAGUAGUGCGUUUUGACAGUUAUGACUCUCUUGGGGAUUUCUACACUGCCAUCGACGCCAGUGUCUAUCAAGCUGGAGCGAGAAGAAUGGAUAGAGCAUUUGAGGCGGCGUCGAUGAUUUUGUCAUCAAGAAACCCAGCAUCAAAGAAAACAGUAGUUCUUCUGACCGGCGGUAGCAACUCUAGGGAGGCUGACCCCAACUCUCUUGCACGUUCAGUUCAACCUUUGUUCAAAAUGGAAGCAACUGUUAUAGUCUUGGCAUUCGGCAACAGAUACGAUGUUCAAGAACUUCUUCCAACUGUGAAACACCCGAAAGAUGUUCGCCCAGUGCCGCAAGCUUAUGAUCUUGUCCGAUACGUCAGCGAAAUUUCAAAGCGCAUCAUUAACGGUCCCGAUGGUACGUAUAGUGUAGAUUGUCUUACUUUUUAUGCACCAUUUGCUAUCAUUACAGAUAAUGGCUUACAAGUCAACCGUGUAGCGAUGUCAAAUCGGUGUAUUUAUUUUUUGAAGGUUUACUUUUUUAUUACCCAUCUUCGGAGAUCCACGCGUAGCUUUCGAAGAUAGCGACCUUUCUUCCUUCAUUUAAUUAACUGAAAUAAUUAUUUUCAUGUAAAAAAUAAUAAUAAUAAUAAUAAUAACAGGCUAUAUGUUCCAGCAUUGCCAAUCAAUCAAGUAGAACAAACCUUUAAGAGUUGCGCCAAAACCGCUCCAAUCGAAGAUGAAGAAUAAAUUUUAACUUCGUAUGGCAAAUUGCUUUUGCGGAAAACUUGACAAAUAUGAUCAACUGUUCAAUCAUUUUUCCACGUGUGAUUUGUCUUCCUCUGUUUAAAAAUCUCAUUCUUCUUCGAAAAUUAGCGAUACUUAUAAUCAUGAAAUAUUUUCUUUGUUGUUUAUAACCGAUGUUCAUGUACUCUCCCUUUUAAUGGAAAACUGUUUCAGAGCCCAAGACACCAAAAAUGGAUGCCGAUAUCCUAUUCAUCAUGGAUUCUUCUUACGAAGUCAAUCAAGAGGAGUACAAAUCUGAGAAAGACUUCAUCAAGUCUCUUAUUCGAAGCCUGAACGUGUCGUUGGAUACAUCUCGUGCGGCCUUGAUUUCCUACGGUGAUUUGGGGUCACUAAACUCCCGUUUCAUUGGCCUUAAAAGCCUUUCUGACUUUGACAAGUUGGUUGACAAUGCUACGUACGUUGGCGGAGAAAGAAGGAUUGACAGAGCCCUGGAAAAAUCGACACAAAUUCUGAACGAAGCAAGAGCCGGAUCGUCCAAGUUUGUGAUAUUCCUCACUGGUGGAACACAAGCAAGUAGCGGAAAGCCUCUUGACGAAGUGGUGGGACCGCUUCGCGAAAACGGUGUCAAAACGUAUGUCAUUACUAUUGGAACGAAAUCAGAUGCGCAGGAAUUGAGACCACUUGUCGCCUCUCCAGAAGAUUUGGUUUCAUUACUUUCAUUUAAGGAGUUAAAUUCUCAGAUAUCAAAGAUUGCAAGUCACAUAAGUGAGAAAGCAGGUAAAUAAGAGGCAAAACAUUAAUGAUAAAACGCAAGUGGUAGUUUUUGUAUACGUUUCGAUACAUUUUUUCCACCAUCAUAAGUGGUACUGAGACAAAAUCAACUAUCCAAAAGAAAAUUUAAAAACGCAAAUAUAUGCCAUUUUCUAAGGUGUAAUCUAAAUAAAACCUUGUCAUUGUUCGAUAGAAAUUCAUUGAAAUCUUUCAGUUUCAUAGAGCUCCAAUUCAAGUGUAUUUUCCUUCUGUUCCAUUGCAAUUGGGAUAAAUUCGUGUUAUUACGUGUUAUUAUGAGUUAUUACACUUGUUGGAAAGUGUAACAAUCAAUUUCUUCUAUCAAUCUCAUUAUUCUUUUUUAAUAUGGAUACGCCAUCCCAAAUCUUUUACCGUCUGCCAUAAAAUAUAGUGAACACUCCCUUCCUUCUCAGGACAAAUAAAAAAGAGAAGUUGAAUUAGUAUUUAUGAGCAUGGUAUCACAACGCUGAGGUAUAGCGCCAAACUAUUGGUAGGUCUCAUAUUUCAAAUAGUGACAAUUCAAAUUCGUUACGUCUCCUUCUUCUCCAUUUCGUUUCAGUUUGUUUGAGACCAGAUUACAUCUUAGACGUCGUUUUCCUCAUGGACACAUCAACUGAAGUCGACGAUCUGAGCUUAGACAAGGAAAAGGCAUUUGUCAAGUUACUGGCUAAGUGCCUUAAUGUCUCACCAGGGAAAUCGCGAGCUUCUGUGAUCACAUUUGGUACCACUACUUCUCGUGAAAUUGAUUUUAACAGUUAUGAAAGUACACAAGCAUUUGAAUCGUUAGUAGACCGCAUAUCAUCCAUAGGCGGAGACCGUAGGAUAGAUAAGGCCCUCGAAGCUGCAGCAGAGGUUGUUAAAAACUCACCUCCCUCCGUCCCCAAAUUGGUUGUUCUUUUGACAAGUGGUCCACAACCCGCGAAUGCUCUAUCUUUCUCUGUGGCUGCAAUACCCCUGCACUCAAUAGGCGCCAUGUUUUAUGUUGUUUCCAUUGCCAAUGAUCUCGACAAGAAGUAUUAUGAAGCGCUUGUGGAUCACCCAUCACAAGUGUCCCAGGCGUCCUCUUUUGGAUCACUGAACUAUGUUUUGCCAAAAGUGACACAAGUGGUGGAACAGGGUGAGUUAUAAUUUUCUUAAAGUUUGAAGAGGAUGUGUUUAGUUUAGCACAAAGUGAUACUUCGAUUGACAUUCGUGUACGUUACUACUUAUUUUUGGGAAGCAAUGUAUCCAAAAGGUACUACAUAAAGAUGGUAACUUCAUCAUUUAAUGCGUCUUUGCUAUGAAUACUUUUGACAGUAUACCGCGCUCAGAGUUUUUAGAAGUGUUGAAGCCUUAAUUGCUAAAGAGGUUUUAAGCGAUCCCAUAACACACCGUCAUGCUAAAAACAAGGCUUUUUCUUCUUGAAGGUGCCAGUAGCCGAAUGCAUUUGAAUGCUGACGUUGUAUUUCUGAUGGACGCCUCCACGGCGGAGAACACAAGAUAUUUUCAAAGUCAGAAGGACCUCAUCAAAUCAAUAGCAAGGAGUAUUGGAAGUUCACCUGCUAAACUGCGUGCAAGCUUGGUCAUAUACAGUUCUUCUGCAACUGUGUUAGCAAGUCUGAAUUCUUAUACUAACUUGCAGAAAUUUGAAGUAGACGUUGACAGGGCGCCAUAUCGCAGAGGUAUGUAUUGCCAUGUGCAUGAAAUUUAUAAACGAAAUAACAAUGGGUGGUAAUAAACAUCUCAAAUGAUUGGACGCGUGAAUGAAAGUCUGAUGAACUGACUCAUGAGCUGCCUGACAUACGGACUGACUUGCACAUCGACUGACGGAAUGACUGACUGGCUGUUUAAUUUGGUUUUAUGGACUGAGUUGAUAUUGUAAAUUGGCCACCGUUAAUACUUGUUAAGCCCUUCAUCUAUUUGCUCCAACGAAGGGCUAACGCUCGAAACGUCAGCUUCAAAAAUUCUCUACGAUGACCAAUUUACAUAACAACUCAGGUAAUCAACCAAAUUUCCUGUUAAACCCCAACCGACGCCGCACCACAGUUUCUUUAGAAACUUUCUCUCUUUAUCCAUAUGGACCAUUUGACUGGAUGAUUUAUGCACUGACUGAUAGAUUAAAUGACGAACUGAUUGACUACCGAACUGACUGAUUGACUCACUGACUAACUGACUAACUGACUAACUGACUGACUUACUGACUGGCUGACUGACUGACUUACUAACUAACUGACUGACUAACCUGUUCAAUAACUGACUGAUUCACUAACUAUGAAACCUAGUUACUGGUUAGGAUUGAAUUUCUGGUUGACUGACCGACUGACUACCCGAUUUACUAACUAACUCACAAAUUGCAAAGCCGAAUACCGUCCAAUAUAUUCUUUAAGUCUACAUUUUGUAUCGCGUUCUUUCACCUUUUUGCAAAAAUUCUAAACUCACGUUAUCACAAUUCUGUUUAAAUUGGAACUUCUUUCACCUGAUUGUUGUCUUUGUUUGUUUAUUCCUUAUUUUUUUAGGCACAAGGCGAAUGGACUUAGCUCUUGCAGCCGCUGCCCGACAGCUGUCGCAAUCGAGACCAAACGCCGCGAAGAUUGUCAUUCUGAUCACUACCGGACUACAGGCUCAAGUGGUUGGCAUGACACCUUUAGAUGAGGCAUCCAAACCAUUACGCGAAGCUAACGCUAACAUAUUUGUGAUUGGCAUCGGUAAACAGCCCGAUCUCCGAGAGCUUGUCCCCGUCACGAACAAUCCUGUCAAGAUCAUUCCAACCCCAGACAGGGUCAUCGUUAACCUACAUUUGUGGUUAAGGCAACUGAGACAGCAGGUCAACAACGGUAUGAGGACAGUUUAAAUAAACUUUAUCGAAUAUCGAAUUAUUUUAUGAGGUCGAGUAGCUCCAUAGACUGGUUCUUCGUCCACUGAUCUCGAAUUGGUGGGAAAUCUAUUCGGUUUCUGUGUCUAGGUAUAUGUAUGUAUUAAUGUUGGUACGGCCCCGCGCACGCAAUCCCACCGAAUGCCCUGGUGACAGCUGACGUGUAUAGGGCUGGAUUUUUUGAUGUGAGCCGUAAGCCUUCCGGCCCUGCACUCACAAGGCUCUUUUGCAUUUUCCGAAAUGUUGAUUGAAGUUGUGGAUUUCACCUUGAAAUAGAAAAGAUGUGAAAAUCAAUCAGGGUUCUGGAUAAAAUAUGAGUUUUUGACUCGGAAAAAAGAGAGUUUUCCUUUUUUUGUAGAACCUUGUUGGUACUUUUCCAGUGCGCGCCCUUCUAAUGUAUGCAGUUAUACGUCUUUUCAGGCUAGAACAAAAGUUUCCGAAUUUUUAAUACUUAGUUUUCAUAUGAUAAAAUGCUUAUUUCCUUCCUCGUAGAAAAAGAAUCACCACUCAUAUACAAGGCAGAUCUCAUAUUUCUUUUGGACUCGUCCAACGAUGUCAGCACUAAAGUUUUCAAAGAACAGAAAGACUUCAUCAAGUCAAUCGUUGGAAAAUUCCUUAUCGCAUCGAACAAAACCAGGGUGGCGGUGGUUAGGUACAGCUCUAGAGCUUCAUCUGUUAUUACUUUCAGCACCUUUGAUAACCUUCUCGAUCUGGCUAGAGGCAUUGAUAGCAUUCGGUACGAUGGUGGUAUCAGGCGAAUGGACGCAGCCCUUAAAGAAGCCAACAAACUUCGAGAAACAGCUCGAUCAGACGUCCCGAUCUAUGUUAUAUUUCUGACGGCUGGGCGUCAAGCAUCGACAGCAGUUUCUACUCCACUCGACAGGGCGGCGCAACCAAUACUUGACUCCACCGCACGUAUGUUUGUUGUGGGCAUUGGCUCUCGUCCCGAGGAGAUGGAAUUAUUUUCCAUGGUGGAACGUAGUAGAGAUGUCUUUAGGUUUCCCUCAGAGAAAAUGAAAGAAGAAGUUCCCUUGUUUGUGAUUAACAUGGCUUCCCAAACAGGUAUACAUGGACUGAAACAUGUAGGCAUAAUCGAUAUACUGUUGUGAUGAUUUUAAGUGCUCUUAGCGCAGGAUUGCGCAAAUAAUUGAACAACUAACAACUGAUAAAACACCGAAAAUCUGAACAUAAGUCGGAGCCAUUUUAACAGUACUCCUGCUCACCGCUUCAGGGUUUCGUGGAUAACACGGAAGUAUCAGUGCGAUCUGCAAGUAAGAGUUUCGCCGCCCUUAUUGUAUCCUGAAAGCAGUCACGUUGCCUACUAAGUCUUUUGCCUCAUCGUAGUUUCACGACAGAAAUUUGGUUAAGAAUGCUACCAUAUUUUUCAACUGCACUUUUACCUUUUAAAAGUUUUUGAACCUAGCCUUCAUUAGAUAUUUUACAACUAUUUACCGAAGUGGAAAUGGCUAGAGGUAAAUAUUCACCGUUAGCCACCGACGCUAAGGUCAAUAUUUGUUUUAGUAUAUACUAAAACGGUGAGAUAAGAUAGCUCAUAGAAAAUUUUUAAUUAAUCUAUUUCUGAAACGAUUGCAAUAUUUACGGGUGCAAAUCCUGCGCGAGUUUCUCGGAGGUGAAUAGCAAAAGAGAUUCGUGGUUUGAGCAGCCAGUUAGAGUGUGCCUUCAAGGCUAUCCACUGUUUUAGUAUCUACUAAAUAUAUAUGAAAUACUAUGAGGUUGACGCACUCACUUGAGUGUCAGGGAACAUUUUCAGUUCGUCCAGAAAUCAAAGAUGUACUUGCUUCUAUUUACAGGUGCAACAGUUCCGAGAGACUUUAAAGCUGAUAUUCUGUUCCUGGUAGACUCCUCCCAGACCAUAAGCAAGAGAAAGUUCCUACAAGAACUUGAAUUUGUCAAGGCAUUCGCUCGCAAGUUUGAUGUCUCUCCUGAGAAGUCACGCGUUGGCGUUAUAACUUUCGGUAACACUCCGAUUCUCAGCAUUCGAUUUGAAGAAUAUGGCAACAUAUUAUCGUUUUCAGAAGGAGUUAACGCUGUUCCUCAUCAGGGAGGACAGAAAAGUCUGAACAACGCGUUGGUAUUUGCAGCAAGAGUUCUAGAUCUAUCUAAGACGCGACCAAAAGCUGAUAAAAUCCUGGUAUUACUAACAGAUGGCCAGCAGCCUCUUGGUUACGACCCAAAGGAGGGGUCCGUUGAAGCACUCCGUCAACUAGGGGUGCACAUCAAUGUCAUCGGAGCUGGAGGAAAUGUCUCAAUGCAAGAACUAAGAAAACUGACGUUAAGUCCUGAUGAUUUGUUUUACUCGAGGACGUUCGAUGCUUUGAUUCUUCAAGCUCCUAUUGUUUUCAAACGCACAAUGAACGGUAGGUUUACCAUUUAGACUUUUGGGCUAUUGUGGUUUCAAAAUGUUUAUGAAGGCUCUAUUUUAUUACCCCUUAUAAAAGAACUAGAAAAAUGUAGCCGAGGUAUAGUAACUGUUGUCACGGCUUGCAUUCAUUAUCGAGAUUUCAUUUCGAUGGUCAUGUGGCCGUGACAAUUACGGCAAGAUGAAUCUUACGUCAACACGCCUCAAUAAAGGAGGAAAAAAUUUUUCUAUUUAUGAUAAUCUUGCUCUGUUUGGGACGGAUUGCUUUCGCCGAAGUACGGCCGGAGUACGACCCCUAGCAAAAGGUUUAGAAGUUUUUUUCUUUAUUUUAUCUGUAUAUAAAGGGAACAUUUUAUUUCUUGAUCGCCAAGAGUAUGGUUUUCUUUAUCCUUUUAUAUUGCCAUGUUUUGACAGUUGUGCUAUCGCAUCACCAACUUCAACAUGGCGUUUUCCUUCUCGAGUCAUCACUCUUUCGCACUAGAGGCGAGUUUGAAAGCCAGAUCAAUUUCGUCAAGUCAAUAGCUAAACGUCUUCAGGUGUCCCCGACCGGAACACGUGCUGGUGUCAUUCUAUAUGGUGAUGAACCCAAGCUGAGUAUAGGCCUAAAUGAUUACAGUACCCUUCCGGAAUUGUACAAUUUAUUGGAUAAUCUCGCUCAUGAAAGUGGAGGCCGUCAACUUCAUAAGGUAAAUAACUAAGUACCAGUAGGAAUUAUAUUGUAUAAUUGAGAGAAUGAAUUGAAGUAGAAAUGAAAUACUCGGAGUCGUGGGAGGUUUUGGAAAAAUAAUGGGAAACUAAAUGGGAAAGCUAUUUACUCCAGGUUAUUUAACAGACAAAAUGGCGGACCCAUGGCCUGGCAGGGAUUAAAAUCGCGUCUCCAGUGUUCGAACCAAAAUUCAUCUAGGGAAAGUUAUUCCACCUGACAGGGCUACCCUACCUGCCGUGGAGGGAUGUAUCAUUCAACAAGUUUGUAGCUCCAAUUUAAACCAAAAAAAAAUGAAUAAGCUCGACAGGGCAACUCGGGCGGAAGUGGUUUCCUUGGCAACCCGAGAGCGUGUAAAUGACCCUCAGACAAAGCCUUAAAUUUGCAGUCUGCUACCCGUCAUUUAAACUGACGCUUAGGUCAAGGAAACCUGUGACUAUUCUAGUGUGCAAUCCGUGCUGAAAAUAACACAACUUUCACAUUUUUCUUUCUUAAAAGGCGCUAACAUUAGCCGGGGAAACUCUUCAGAAAUCGCCUCAGGAAAUACCUAAGUUCGUUGUCGUCAUUCUAGAGGGUCAACAGUACUCUUCAGGCUCAUUAUUAUUACGUGAUGCAGUCAAGCCUCUUCAAGCCCUUGGGGUCACUAUCUAUGUUGUUGGAAUUGGAGAAAAGCUGAACAGGCAAGAACUCUACACCAUGGUACAGACCUCCCGAUACAUUAUACAGGUGCCGCGUUUUACCGAACUGUUACGCCAGAUGGAGUUCAUCGCAUAUCGCAUAGGUAAGACAAAAGCUAUGCCCAUUAAAUUGUAUAUCGAGAUACUUGGUUUUAAUCUAUAAACUACGGUGUUAUUCAAGGAUUUCCAACCUAGAGAAAAGCCGUAAUAACACAAGUAAAAAAAUACGAUAUUUUAUCACGUGUGUUUGAUAUCGCCAAUGAGCUGCUGACACGUCACUUGCCUUUCGCGCCAAUCAAUCAGGUUGAUGAAUGAACGGCAAAACCCUCACUGUUCUAAAUCCAUGGUCGUUUGUCGAAAUUUUCUCGGAUAAUGGCUCCUAAAAUACCGAAAAUCCGUUCCGCUUACACACUGUGACGUUUAAAAUUUCCUAAAACGAGAAGAAAACCGAAAUAGGAAAAGAAAAACCGAAAGUUACGUAUUGAGUGGCUUUGUUGAUGGCAUUUCUCGCUGCUGAGAAUUUGCCAUACGCCGAUUUUGGCAGUGUACCUGGAAGAUUUCUUCUGUCAGUGAGGACCAAAUCAAUAACUGAGAAUUUUGUAUAUGGAAAAUUACGCCCAUUGUUUUUUUUUGAAGUGACUCAACGCAUUUUCUUCUUGGGCCUUAGCGCUAACGCACCUUACGAUUUUUAUUCGGGGAUUGUCGAGUCUUUUAUUUUUUAUUCGCUGAUAAAGUCGACUUUUCUUGUCAGCAAAGGGCUAUUGUGUUUAUAUGAUAAACAAAAUAAUUCAUGGUUGCUUGUAGACAUGAAAUUUCUCUUCUCGCGUUCAACUCGGAGAGAAAUUCCAUAUCGACAUACUCAUGUAUUAUUCAAUAAUAUAAAUUGGCACCUUAAAAUUUCUUAAGCUGUCGUUUCGAAUUUCAAUUUACUUUAUCAACUCAGUUGGUAAAACCGAUUAUCUUGUAACACCCCCCACCUUCAGUUUCUUUAGCAACUUAUCCCCUUUACUGGUAAAUCUACCGACGACUGGACCUCAUGCUUAAUUCGAGUGACUGAGUCUUAUGGAAAACCUGAAAGAUUUGCCGGUCAACGCACUUUAGAAAAAUUAACUGAAAAUGACGUUAAUUCAGCUGAGAAUUUUUGCCCAUAUUACGCAGGGAUUCUGUCUUACGGUUAGGAAUAUAUAAAAGCAUUGUAAAUCUUAAAAAGGACUUGGCUGGUUUUGACCAUUUUUUUUGCGCCUCAGGGAAAGAUAAGGGACCUUCCUUGCAAUUGACUCGUGGACUCUGACGGCUAACGACUCAGCUGCUAAUACAAAGACGCUACUUAAAAUUCCUUCCUGAUUGCAGGCCUCUCCUUUAUAGCGUGUGUAAACAGUGCUUAAGGCAUUAGUCUACCAUCCUCCCGACCUGCUUCCUGUCACGAGCCCGAUCUACUUGACACAACGUACCCUCUUUAUAAAAGAAUACGAGAAAGGAAGUAACGAGGGGCCUUUUAAUAGAAAUUUAAAAUACGUUUACCUUUACAUGAAUCACUUUGGAAACUGAGUUCACGUUUUUUUGUUUUUUUUGUGUUUUUUUUUUUAUUUCUUCAAAGAAACGACAAUAACAGAUCCAUGUCACGAGACCCUUGAUGUGGGAUUUGUAAUCGAUGCAUCCGGCAGUGUGGGGAUGGACACCUUUUCGAGAGAGAAGAAUUUCGUAAAGCUGGUUUCCAGACGUUUUGCAGCCACAUCUCCUAACACGAGACUUGGUCUCCUGGUGUUCAGUGAUACGCCAAAGCUAUUCGUCGACUUUACUGACUACGAAAGUAAAACGAUCGAACAAUUUCAAGCAAACGUGGCUCAAGCAACAUUCCAAGAUGGAAGAUCAAGAAUAGACCUGGCUUUAAGGGCAGCAUCACAAGAUUUCUUUACCAAUAGACGGAGUGGAGUUCCAAGGGUUAGUAAGAAAAAUAAAGAAAGUCUCUAAUGAAGAAAUGUAAAAUGGUUUCCGUGUUUACAUAGCCUGAUGUAAACACGCGGGAGGUUGGGAGAACACGAGAUAAGAGUAGGAAACCACGACGCGAAGCGGAGUGGUUUCCAGCUUAUCGAGUGUUCCUCCAACCUCCCAAGUGUUUACAUCAGCCUAUGUAAAUACGGAAACCAUUUUACAUUUCUUUUAUAAAAUAACUAAUGAAAGAGGAACGAAAACCGUGUUUACAUACGCUCAUGUAAAAUGGUUUUAUGGCCAAUCAGAGCGCGCGUACUAUUUGAAUUAUUUUAUAAAAUAACUUUUUUAACACAUCAGUUGUGACUUGGAUAAUUGUUUCAAAAGUCUUUUUUUUUAGAACGUGUCUUAAUUAAUGUUUCCACCCGUCUUUAAUAAUUCUUAUCCCGUUGAUUCGGCUUUGUACGGUAGUUGCAAAUGAUAUCGCUAGAGGUAGGAAAUGAUUUUUCACGCUUAGGCCAAUGCUAUCGUUAUAUCACCUAGGUCUUAAUUCUGGUCUCGGAUGGACGUCAGUCUGAAGAUCCCGGAUAUUAUCCGUUAGCUACAGCUGUAAAACCUCUGCAGGCUCAACGGGUGAGAAUCGUAGGCGUUGGUUUUGGAGACAGUGUCGACGUUGAGAAUUUAAAAGAGAUCACUGGAAGCAAAGACCGUAUUCUUUUGGAUCAAGAGAUAAACGACAUCGAUAGACUUCAAAUGGAGCUCGUAUCAAAAGCUUGCGAAAUCUAA